CCUGCUUUGGGACAGGGCUUCUGGGGCUUCCCCGGGCCGGCCUGGGAGCGGGGCCGGCGGCAGGAGUCACUCGUAGGGCCGGGAGGACAGAAAAGAUGCAGAGCCUCUGACUGUGUAGCGAAUGCCCGGAACAGACUUGGGAGUUCAUUUUUAUACUGGCGAAGAUCAAUUAUUAUAAAUUUCUUCUGCUGAGUUGUGAAAUUCUGUUUAAUCUUCAAACUGGCGAUGUCAAGGGUGCCGAGUCCUCCUCCUCCGGCAGAAAUGUCGAGUGGACCUGUAGCCGAGAGCUGGUGCUACACUCAGAUCAAGGUGGUGAAGUUUUCCUACAUGUGGACGAUAAACAACUUUAGCUUCUGCCGAGAAGAAAUGGGGGAGGUCAUCAAAAGCUCAACCUUUUCAUCUGGAGCCAAUGAUAAACUCAAAUGGUGUUUACGUGUGAACCCUAAAGGCCUGGAUGAAGAAAGUAAAGAUUAUCUAUCCCUCUAUCUGCUGCUGGUGAGCUGUCCAAAAAGUGAAGUUCGAGCAAAGUUCAAAUUCUCCAUCCUGAAUGCUAAAGGAGAAGAAACGAAAGCGAUGGAGAGCCAGCGAGCGUAUCGAUUCGUACAAGGCAAGGACUGGGGAUUCAAAAAAUUUAUUAGAAGAGACUUUCUGUUGGAUGAGGCCAAUGGACUUCUUCCAGAUGACAAACUCACUCUCUUCUGUGAGGUGAGUGUGGUACAGGACUCUGUCAACAUCUCCGGGCAGAACACGAUGAACAUGGUGAAGGUACCGGAGUGUCGCUUGGCGGACGAGCUGGGAGGCCUCUGGGAGAACUCCCGCUUCACGGACUGCUGUCUGUGCGUGGCGGGUCAGGAGUUCCAGGCUCACAAAGCCAUCCUGGCAGCGCGUUCCCCGGUUUUCAGCGCCAUGUUUGAGCAUGAGAUGGAAGAGAGUAAAAAGAAUCGGGUUGAAAUCAAUGAUGUGGAGCCUGAAGUUUUUAAGGAAAUGAUGUGCUUUAUUUACACGGGGAAGGCACCAAAUCUUGACAAAAUGGCUGAUGACUUGCUGGCAGCUGCUGACAAGUACGCUCUCGAACGUCUGAAGGUGAUGUGUGAGGAUGCCCUGUGCAGUAACCUGUCGGUGGAAAACGCUGCUGAGAUCCUCAUUCUGGCUGAUCUACACAGUGCUGAUCAACUCAAAACUCAAGCGGUGGACUUUAUUAACUAUCAUGCUUCUGACGUCAUGGAGACAUCAGGCUGGAAGUCCAUGGUAGUAUCACAUCCCCAUUUGGUGGCCGAGGCGUAUCGCUCUCUGGCCUCUGCACAGUGUCCCUUUCUGGGACCCCCACGUAAGCGACUGAAGCAAUCCUAAAGCCUGGCCUGUCACAUCACCCCAUGUUUUUCUGGAAGCAGCAUCAGCUGUUGCUGCUGUAACCUUGACCACCAGGUAGACGGCGAAAUCUGUGGAGCUUUUACUCUGUUGUUGGGGGGAAGAGACUGCUUCGUGACACCCAGACUUUUUAAAACAGCACCAAGUAACUUGGGGGAGAGGGGGGAGGGUGGGGCCUGGGGCUCUGGGGCUGUUUCAACCUAAUGAAUCCCUGUCGCUGCAUCGUCUGUGUGUUCCCUUCGACUUGGCUGAGUCAAUUAAGUACAGGGUUCGGUUUAGGCACCGACCCAAGUCGGAAUAACCCAGCAGUGGUACUGGGGGAAAAAACGUCUCUGCGUCUGGCAGCACAGAACAAAUCGUCAGAUGCCUGGAGCAAGAGGACAUUUUCACUUUGGAGAGCGUUUGGAGGGUUAAAAAAAGAAUUUCCAGUGAGGUUCUGGAAAGGAAGUACCUGAUGGAAGCUCCAGUAGUAUUUAUAUAAAAAAAAAAAGAGAAUUUAAAUCCUUCCAGCUGAGCUAAAAACUGGACGUUUGUGUAACUCCUUAUUGCCAUCCAGCAACAAGAAGAUCAGUUUCUCUGUUAGUAGCACUUGUAUGUUAAUUGCAAAAAAAAGAAGAAAAAAGAAAAAAAAAAACACAAAAAAAAAGAAAAAAAGAAAAAAAAGCCUUUUAUAAAAUGACAGGU